AGUGCCAUUUUGAUGACCCUCAAGGGAUAAAUAUAACGGUUCAAAGCGUAGAUAGAAGCCUAGAACCAUCAAGUUUAUCAAUAAUAUUUGUAGUCUAAAUUAGGGGUGGCUAUACGGUCCAGUCCGGUUAAAUUGGACCAAAUUGAUUCGGUGCAGUCCGGUCUUUUCGGGAAUAUAAGGACCAAAGAUUGGAUUGGAUACAGUCUGGUCUUGAUUCGGUCCGGUCUUGACCCGGUCUUGUCCCAAUUUGAUCUUGAUUUUAGGUGUUGGGGGUCUCUUAUCUGGUCUUUAUCCGGGUUUUUUAACUUAAAUCUAAGCCCGAAUAUGAGAUUGGAUUGUUUGCUAUUCGGUCCCGGUCCGGGUUAUACGGUCCGGUUUCGGGUAAAACCAAACAGUCCAGACCAAAUAGCCAGCCCUAGUCUAAAUGGAGUACUGCACAAAAUGAUUCAUAGAAAGAGAGAAAACAAUAAAAACUACCGAGGAACCCUUCCAAAGCAACUAUCUCAGUCGAAUCAUCCUAUAAAGUCGAAGGAAACUAACUCAGGAGGAGACAACAGUAGAGCUUUACGUGCCACUCUAUGGGCUGAAGACAAUCUCGAAGCUAAUGCUCGUUACACCUUGGCGGCGAAGCUGUUGAAUCACCACAUCGGAAUCACCUUCCACGAUUACACCUACAUGAGACAGGUUCCCGGAGACGACAAGCUAGCCAAAUGGCAUCUGUAGCUGCAAGCAGUUCUGCCAAGAAGGGAUCAGCCACUCCAGAGUGUAGGGGCCCAACUGCCAACAUGACAAAUGUGGAUGAAAUUGGAUGAGAUGUUGGUUGGUGUACAAAUAUAUCGGUCGAAAAUGCAACUACCGAAUCCCCCUGUACUUUGAAUCUCUAUUCAGUAAACCAACUAUAGACUCGACGGGUACUUCACCCGUUUAGAUUUUGUGAUCGAUGGUUCCAGAUGUGAGAUUAGCCCAAGUGUGUGACUCUAAAGCCGAAUUGCAACCCCGGGUUUGAGAGAAAGAAGGGAAAGUUGAGUUUUGGUUCUACUCAUUGUAUACAAUGGGGAAGCAAACUCUUUUUUCUUCUUCUUCUUUGAUGAUCGAUCGAUUACGAAGAUAGACAAACUGAGGGAAACCAUAAUCAAAUCAAGAGGGGACAACCCCGCACAUACGGUUAAUCCAGUCCGUGCUAGAUUAAUAUCGACAGUGAGAGUAAAACACAGGCUGGCUGGACUUCCUAACAAUCGUGAAUUUGGUUCAUCCCAGUCGAUCCGACUGGCAACCAAUCUGACCCUGUUCCUAGCUAGCAACCUAGGACGUGGUUCCUAACUACCGUGACAUGAUUGAUCCCCCGCAUUACAACAUUAAUUAAACCCCGCUGUGCUGGUUCAUUGAGCUUCCUUUUUUCUAUUCGAUUAUCCACUUUAAUAUACAGAAAAGAAAUGGGAAACAAACUGUCCUUGCAAUACAAACAAAAAGGGUUGGAGCAAGAGACAGGAAAGGGAGAAAACCAGUUCAUAUGAGUGUGGAAGGAAGUUGAGUAUGGGUUGGGCUUGAAAUAGACAACUAACCAAAUCGACAACCCAUUUCCAGCAGAAAAGCACAAUCACAAACCAAAUUACUAAGUAUGUUUUAUAGGGGUGGAAAACGGUGCGACUGUGGUUAACUGCACCGAAUAAGCGUGGUUAACCACCACCACACAAGGGGAAAAUCACCCACCGUUACCGUAAUACAAACAGUUUACGGUUAACCACAAAUCACGGUUAGCGGUUAGUUACGAUUAACUGCACUUUAAACCUCACACCGCGAUUAAGAGUUAAACGGUGUAAAAAACCGCGAAAUGAAACAAAACCGCAACAAAAACCGAAUUAACAUGUAAAAUCCAGCAACAUGCACUUGAGAAAUUAACACUAAAACAAGGAAAAUGCACCUGGAAAAGUCAGAAACAAAAUUAAGUUCUAAACAUCCAAAAGAAACAAUCCGCAUUAAUUUCUAAUAAGGAAAAUGCAUUUUGGGCUGUUGGAUGGAUUUGGCUUGGGCUGGGUAUACUCUUACGCGGUUAGUUAUUUGAUGGAGUUACUUAUUCGGUGCGGUGUGUGGUUAGUCCUCAAACUGCAAAAGAGCCAAUUUCACUAACUGUUACCGAAUAAAGGCCCCUUUAAACGGUUUGCGGUUAACCACAAACCGCUCUUAUUCAGUACGGUUGCGGUUUAACCACAAAAUCGCAACCGUGAUCCCACCCCUAAUGUUUUAGAUAUCGAAAUCUUACUUUACGAUGACCGAAAAUACCAAAAAUCAAAUCAGUAAGUGGACAGAAUUUUAUGAAUGAAUGACGCAAGCCAAGGAAGAAAACUGGAAUUAUGUAUUGUCGUGGAUUAGGUGAGUCAUGUUAAUCAGCCUUUUUAAGCCGGAUUAAUUAAUUAAGUAAUUAAUUGGAGGAGUUUAUAUUUUAGCUGUGACCUUUACUCUUAACUAAGGUAGUAGCUUGGAGGAGUGGCUAUACGGUCCGGUCCGGUUAAAUUGGAGCAAAUUGAUCCGGUCCCAGUCCGGUCUUUUCGGAAAUAUACGGACCAAAGAUUGGAUUGGAUACAGUCCGGUCUUGAUCUGGUCCGGUCUCAAUUUGAUCUUGAUUUUAGAUUGAGCUUAUGGGGAUUUGAGUGUUGGGGUCUCUUAUCCGGUCUUUAUCCAGGUUUUUACCUCAAAUCUAAACCCGAAUAUGAGAUUGGAUUGUUUGCUACCCGAUCUCAGUCCGGUCCCGAUCCGAAUUAUGCGGUCCGAUUUCGGAUAAAACCAAACAAUCCGGGCCAAAUAGCCAGAUGUAGUAGCUUGCUUGCUAGGAGGAUACAAAACAGCUGGAGGGCACCAACUUCUACUUACCUCCUUCCUACCACAUGCGCACAUUUCGACUUUCCUUUAAUUAUUUUAAUUAAUUAGUGGGUAUAUAUAAUUAUCACUAUAUUAAUUGUAUUGUUUUUUUAGUUUACGUAGCAAGUUAAUUAAAUGGCUUAAUUAUUGUUAUUUGUGUCGUUGUUGAUGAUGGGAGGUGCUUCCGCAAGGAGUAGUCCGUUGCAUGAUUAAGUCCACUACUUGUGUUUCUUCAGAAUAUUCUCCAAAUUUCUUGGGACUUUAGGGGUGGUUUGGUAGUUACGAUUGUUUUGUUGAGAUUGUUACUAUACAUGUAUUGUCUAGAAUGCAUCGUUUUUUUGUUUUUUUAUCAGAAACAAUGCAUGGAUUGUUUCCGUGAUGUGACAGAAACUAUCACUCAAAAUGAGUGAUUGCUAUAUCUCAACUUUUCGUUGUGAUUGUUGAGAUAGUUGAGUUGAGAUUGUUUUGUCUCAGCUUUUAGCUGAUGUGACAUAAACAAUCAGACAUACCAAACGUUGUAUUCUACAAUGCAUCACUUUCGACAAUACAUGUAUAAUAUUAUAUAUGUAUUCACAACAAUACAUCCAUUUAACAAUCACAACUUCCAAACAACCCCUUAGUUCCUGUGAACAAUUAUUUUUUUUAUAUAUAUAACAAGAGAAAGUAAAGGCUGGAGCUAGGAUUGGGGGGAUGGGGCUGACUUUUUUUUAACAUAUAAAUUGUAAAAAGGGAAAAAAAUGUAUAGUUUUAUUUUUCUAAUUUCAUAACAUGACAAGAUGUUUUUAGAUAAUUAAAAUUUCUCAAAAUAAAAUUUUAGCACACAAGUAUGCAAUAUGUUCAAUAUAUAAAUUAUUCAAUUAGAAUAUUUUUCCACUUUUGAAAGCUUGGGAGACUAUAUUAUUUAGGGGUUUGAUCGUCAGCCUGACAAGGUUAAAUAUAUGAAGCAAAAUCGACUUUCUAUAAAAAAUAAAAUUAAAGUAUUCAUUAUACAUUCAAAUUAUUCAUAAGAUUUACGAAAUCAAAGUAUAAUUUAUUUGGUAUAGUUUGAAUUUGAAGGGUCGUAAAAUCAAAAUAUGAAAGUUAAGUGAUUAUAUUGGCGUAGUUUGAAUCUGAUUUUUUUUUUUUUUUUUACAAAUUAGAACCUACUAACGAAAGCUAAGUGACCAAAUCGACUUUAUGUCAAAGUUACAUCUUACAAGUAAAAAAUAGAACUAAUAAUAUUGCUACUUUUGGGUAUUAAAACCGCGACCAAAUGACUCGUAAAGCGUGACAAGCCGUCUUUCUAUAUAUAGAAGCGAUUACAAAUUUCAUGAUUCACACACUUCUAAACUGUUAUCGUCGUAUUUAAACAUAAUUUUUCAAAACUCAUACAACUUUUUAUAUCCCAACCUAUUGAAUCUAGAACAAGUCAGCAUUGGCAUCCAUGGAAGGAAAGAUGUACCAUAUGCAUGCUACUGUUUACACCUCUCUACAGGAAGAUGCGCCAUGGAAGAACAAGAAACAAAUAAAUAAAUUUAGAAUAGGAGAUAAAUAAAUUUGUAAAAGAAUGGAUGGUAAGACUUUCUCUCCUAAACCAUGCAAGACGGUGCAAGUGGAGCUUUUUAUAGAUAAAAACAAAUAAAUAUAAUUUUUUUGCUGAGGAGAAACUUCCAUUUUUCUAUUUUCUACGGCACAGUUGGCCCAAUAUUGACUGGUGAAUCGGUCGUGCUGAAUAAUUUCGGUGGGCCCACCAACCAUCAUGACCCAACAAGGCAGCCGGCCGGCGUCAACCAUUCUCGCCGCUCAUUUCGAUCGACUGAUUUUAUGUAGAAAAUACAACAUUGACAUGAUAUAUAGAGUUGAGAUUUUUGGAGGUUGAAAGGAUAAUGUUGGACCACCGUCCUAUAAUUCUAACAAAUUAAGGGAUUUGAAGGGUGGGUAAAGAAUCAAAUUAGCACAUGGUUCUGGGGAUGUAGGGCAGUCUUUGCUGGAAUAUAAUCAUAUUUAUUAUGUUUGGAAUUUUCUCUCACAAUCAAUGCCAUGACAUUCGCUGCUUUUCAAUUCCUAAUAAUAAUCGUCCAUUGAUUCCCUUAUCCAGCCAUUAUUUUCUGUCCAGCCAAUUGGAAAUCAGAAAAAUCAGUAUGAAGAACGAGGCCCAGGUCAAAGCCCAAGCCCAUAGGCCAGCUCUGGUUUCCGUCAAGUAGGCAAGAGAAGUAAGAUUAUAAGCUUUAAGUUUGGCCCUGCAGUAGUUUUUGCAUAAGCAACUUCUGGCUGGACUGCUGGAGCUUUUAGAUAAGUACUUUUCAAAAAAAAGAGUUUAGUGUUUGGUUCUAAAACUAUUAGAAGUGUUUUUUUCAAUAUGAACGGUUGUGUAAAAUGACUAUAAAGGACUUAUAAUAUAAAAUAUAAAUAAAAAUUCUCUCCAGUUCUUCCAAACUCCUCACGAUUCAUCUUUUCUCUCUAGUUCUUCCAAAUUUUACUGAGUAGAAUCAAUACUCGACAACAAAAUAGAUACGAUAAUAACUAUAAUAAUAAUAAUAAUAAAAUUUGUUAGAUGUUUAGCCACAAAUACCCAUCAAUAAGAAACUGUUUUUGCUUACCUAACUCAUACAAACUGAAGUAAUUGAAACCUAAUUAAGGUUUCUACUUUCUAGGGUUCCCUCCCUUCUUUAAUGCCACAAGUGAACCUUCUAAAAGUGAAAGUCAUACACUAGUGCUACUUGAUGUGUUGGUUUCAAGGAUGAAAACUAUGGGGAGCGAGGGAAUGCCUAACGUGGUAAACCAAUCAUGUUGUUGGUCUCACAAGAUGCUGAACAUCACAGAUUUCAACUGCAAAUUGUUUGGGAACUAGCAUGUCAUAUUGGGUUAAUACUUAAUAUGCUAAUAAAGAUUAGGAUAUUAA